GAUGUGGAGCCAAUGAGGAGCCGUGCUGUUUUCAGUGAAGGAAGGAGGCGGAGGAAGGAAUGCUGCAGGAUGCUUAUUAUCAUGGCUGUCAAACCCCAGUGGCGAUUAGAUUAAAACAGCCUUUUUACAUGUUAGAUUUACGAGGAUGAUGUGCACCAUGUCCGCUAGAGCUGUCGCGGUAUGGCUCGGUACGGUGGUCACCAUCUUGUCAAGAUCGCACGCAGACCGUAACGUCUACCCAUCUGCAGGAGUGCUGUUUGUCCAUGUUCUGGAGAGGGAGUAUUUCAAAGGAGAGUUUCCUCCCUACCCAAAAUCAGCUCUGCCUACAGGCGAUGCCGGCAACGACCCGAUCACUUUCAACACCAACCUGAUGGGCUACCCCGACAGGCCGGGCUGGCUGCGUUACAUCCAGAGGACCCAGCACAGCGACGGAGUGCUCUACGGCUCCCCCACUGCAGAGCAUGUUGGCAAGCCCUCUGUCAUAGAGAUUACUGCCUAUAACAGACGCACUUUCGAGACAGCACGGCACAACUUGAUCAUAAACAUCAUGGCCACAGAAGAGUUCCCUCUGCCCUACCAGGCGGAGUUUUAUAUCAAAAACAUGAAUGUGGAGGAGAUGCUGGCCAGCGAGGUGCUGGGGGACUUCCUUGGAGCGGUAAAGAACGUAUGGCAGCCUGAGCGCCUCAACGCUAUCAACAUCACCUCAGCUCUGGACCGUGGCGGCCGUGUGCCCCUGCCCAUUAACAACCUUAAGGAAGGAGUGUAUGUGAUGGUCGGCGCCGAUGUUCCCUUCUCUUCGUGCCUGCGGGAGGUGGAAAGCCCACAUAACCAGCUGCGCUGCAGUCAGGAGAUGGAGCCUGCCAUCAGCUGUGACAAGAAGUUCAGAGCCCAGUUUCACAUUGAUUGGUGUAAGAUCUCUCUGGUUGACAUCAACAAAGUGGCCCCGGUAUACAUUACCCGUCCUGACCCAGGCACUGGGAUCCUGCCUGAAUUCGGGGAAUACAACCCCCCCUCUGAGUCCCUGCAGGGCCGCAACUACUUUUCAGACUUCCUUAUCACACUGGCUGUUCCCUCCGCUGUGGCACUAGUCCUCUUCUUCAUCCUCGGCUACACUAUGUGCUGCCGGCGGGAAGGGGUGGAAAAAAGAAACAUGCAAACACCAGACAUCCAGCUGGUUCACCACAGCUCAAUCCAGAAGUCCGCCAAGGAGCUGCGGAGCAUGUCUAAGAACCGUGAGAUCUCCUGGCCCCUCUCCACCCUGCCCGUCUUCAACCCGGUCAGUGGCGAGGUGGUGCCGCCCAUCCACCCGGACAACUACGAGACCACCAGCAUGCCCCUCAUGCAGACACAGACGAAUCUGCAAAACCAGAUUACGAUACCACAGCAGCGGCCAUCAGGAGAUAAUUAUGUCAUGUCAACAUUUCGGAGGCUGGAGGUAAAUGGUAUUCCUGAGGAGAGGAAGGUGGCUGAAGCACUGAAUUUGUGACCAGUGUCGGAGCUGACUGAUUUCAUAUCUACAGUAUAUCUUUGUUUUUUUCUAACAUUUGUGCCAAUCUGCAUGCGUCAGAAGUGUCUUUACAAAGAUUUAUCAUCCACAUGCACUUACACCUUAAAGAGUGAGUGAGAAAAGAGCUUAGCUGAUUAUAAAAAUACAUCAGAGUAUUUUGAAGAGUUUGUAAAUGUUAAAACUGUUUGUAUUUCUACUUGCUUUGCACAAUGGACCUCUUAGAGGAAGAGAGAGUUUUUGUUGUCAUGUGUUAUUAAAUAUGUGUUUUGUGUCACAUGAUAAUAAAGUCUUUCAAAAUA